AUCUUCAGGUACAUCAUACACAUUCUUAUAUCAAUUCUAUUCAAAUCACUACAAUGGUAAACCCCGGUUUUCUGAUGCCAGAUCUUAUCGAGCAGGCCUCUAAGCUUAGUAUCGACGAUCUUGACACCGACCAGAGUGCUAGCAGCAUCUCGCGUUACCAGAAAUACCCCUAUGCUCACUUUUACUCCUUCAGGACCCUUCCCGAUCCUCGUGAAAUGAACAAGUCCAGCCCUGAGUAUCAUGAGCGUAUCAGAAAAGCCAUCAAAGCCCUCGAGGAAGAGUAUCUUGAGGUUUAUCAAGAGUACCAGGCUUUUAAGAACAUACUCAUUCUUAUGGUUGAAACGGACGACCAGCAUAGCUGGAACGAAUUCAUUCUGGACCCUCGCGAGUACAUGCAAUUUGGUGAGGGGAAACUGGAGGACCUCGAGACGUUCCCUGCCCAUUGCAAUGGGGUCCAUCCGUCUCCAAGCUACCAGAGUCAAGAUCUCUUCAGUUCAAAGCUCUUUAAAAAACGGAGGCAAUUGGCCGAAAUAAAAGGACUUAUCGAGACCGGACGCCGUGAGCUGGCCCGGCUGGAGGGCUCGGACUCGUUCAUCCAACUCCGCAAUGACUUUGUCAAGCAUCACGAAGAAGUAGCGGCUAACUGCGAUUUUUGCGACGUCAGUGAGUUUAGUAGCUGCGCGUCUACCUCUUCCGGCGGAACCCGAAUUGAUCCAUGAGGAUAUCCGGGGAUAGAAAUUGU